GGAGGGAGAAGACAAGAGGGACUCGCAUUGCAGUGCAACUGCUGUGACAUGAAAGAGAGAGCGUGAAGAGAAGGGGGAAAGACAAGGACUGAACCAUUUUUUCCAGCAUCAUGAAAAUAAUUGUACAAAUCUUGUGUUUUUUUCUGUUAAUAACAUUGUAUAAGUGUGCUGUUAUCACCGGGGCUUGUGAAAGGGACCUCCAAUGUGGAGGUGGGACAUGCUGUGCCAUCAGCCUGUGGCUCCGUGGACUCCGAAUGUGUACUCCAUUAGGGCAAGAAGGGGACGAAUGCCACCCCAUCAGUCAUAAGGUUCCAUUCUUUGGGAAACGACAACAUCACACCUGCCCAUGUUUGCCGAACUACAUAUGCGCCAAAUUCAUUGAUGGUCGGUACCGAUGUUCGGUAGACUUCAAAAACAUGGAUUUAAUGAAAUGAAAAUGAAAUGUAUUGUCAAGGAAAGAGUGUCAUGAUUGUUCCUGCCCAGAGAUCAUUACAGUUCACUUUGAAUACUUAUUGUCAUCAAUAUCCUGUGAGGACAAUUAGGCAUCCAUCUACACAAGCUUUGUCCAUUAACAUAAAUGGGGUUUAACAGCUCCAGUUAAUGAUACAUCAAUACAUAAGAGCUGUGCUUUCAAGCAAUUCAAAAGAGAUGUCAGAAAUGUUAAUGGAAGUGAUGUCUUAAUUAUUAAAAUUUCCUCUUGGUGUAAGCUGGGUCUGUUUUUAUAUUUUAGGAACUUUUUGUCUAUCUGUCUCUCUUUUGAACAAAUGUUGUCACCAAGUGUCUGGACAAGCAUUAAAACAUAAUAGAUGUCAACACAACCUCUUAAAUCAUAUGUGCAGAAUAAUGGACCCAUAUAUAAUAUACCUGUGCAGAAUAAUGGACCCAUAUAUAAUAUAACGUAAGCACUUUGCUGCCAUCCCCAAUCAUAUCAAACUGUCUAGCACCAACUUCCCUAUCUAUAGUAAAGUUAGGUAUGGUAGUUAGGUAUCCUUAACCUAUGAGGUUGUCAUGUGAGAUUGAUUUCUUAUUCCUGUGUCCAGUGUCAUUUUACAUGCUUCAUUUUGACCCUCAAAAUAGCAUUGCUCCAUGACAUCUGGGUGUCAAGAAAAAGAGGAAACAGUUCAAGCGCUGACUUCAUUUACCAGAGGAACUUAUUGGGGUGGAAUAUCAGGAUCUAUCACCGAUCAUUAUUGUAUACUGGAAUUGCAGUGUACAAUGCCAUUAUAGGAUGUUGCCACUAGAUGGCAGCAGAAACACAAGGGCAGCCACUUCAAGCAGAGGGAUGGGAACAAUAUUUAAAAAUAUUUUUUAAAUAGAAGUGAAGUAUUGGUUGAGUGUCUGAAACAUUGACAGGGACAGAACACUCCUGUACUAAUGAGAAUUUUCACAGUUUAGGGCUUAUUCUAUGCAAUAUUCACACAUUGCAUUUUUGUAUGGAAAAUUUGAUUUUUGGCCAGGGAAACAACAUCCCUGGUGCAGAAAAUAAUAUAUUCUGUGCAGAAAAUGUUAUUUUCAAAGAAAAAAUGUUAAUUUACUGCAGAAUAACUGCAAUAAUAUUUUCCCACAGAAAAUUCCGUUAUUAGCUCAGAAAAUAGUAUUUCUAUGCAUGAAUACUAUUUUCUGUGCAUAAAAGUAGAAAAUGAUAUAGUCUGAACAAAAAUGCCACAAACAUAUUGGGUAUUGAAUCAGUCCUAAAAUGCAAUUGGUCUUUGGAAACUAUAGAAGUUUUGAAAAUUUUCUCACCACAGUAGGAUAAUUGCUGAGAUUACUUGUUGCUUCCUUCAAGAAAGGAAUGAACAUAGCAUUGCACCCCUCCAUUGGCCCUAUGUAGGUGGAUGGCUUCAGAGAAGGCAGUGGUUUGUGCAUGAACAUAUUAACAUCAGCGUCUGUGAUAAUGGUUGCCAUUGGUUCAGGAGGCCCCGGUGGCACAAUGGGUUAAAUCCUUGUGCCGGCUGGCCUGCUGACCUAAAGGUUGGGGGUUCGAAUUCGGGGAGUGGGGUGAGCUCCUGUCUGUCAGCUGCAGCUUUUCAUGCAGGGACAUGAGUGAAGCCUCCCACAUGAUGAUAAAACAUCUGGGCGUCCCCUGGGCAAUGUCCUUGCAGAUGGCCAAUUCUCUCACACCAGAAACAACUUGCAGUUUCUCAAGUCGUUCCUGAAAUGAAAAAAAGCAGCCAAGUGGCAUUCCUUGUGGUUUUGCUUCCACCUUGAGAUAGCCUUUGGGAAAGUAGUCAGUUCCACUUCCAUGGAAGCAGUCAAAUGGUUAAAAUAUAAAGGCACCUUUACUUAUCAUUCUGCAUCCACGGGUGCUAUUAAACUUCUAAUUUGGCCCUGCAUUCUUAGAAUCUUGUUAACCACUAGCCUCACCCAUUUUGCUCUGUGUGUGCAUGUACACACAUACAAAUGGCAUUCUUAAUUCAGUUGAAUGUUUAUGGGGAAUCCUAAAACAAAAAGACAACCCUUUUUCAAACAAACAAGAAGCACUGUUCAGGGAAGGAAAGGGGAGAAGAAGAAGUGAGUUUUCUGAUUGCUAGGAAGGCCAGAUCUUCAUCAUUCUGUGCAGCCGGUUCUGGUGGAAACAAGAAGCUUCAUCUGCUUGAUCCAGUUUGAAAGCGUCUGUGUAUGUCCAAAGCAUAGAGGACUUAUUGCUCAAGAUAUGUAUGCCUAUUGUGUAGUAUCAAGUACA